AUGAAAGUGGCACUUAUGUGGACGAUUAAUGAUUUUCCCGCUUAUUCUAUGUUAUCUGGCUGGAGCACAUCUGGGAGACUGGCUUGCCCACACUGCAUGGAAAAUACAGAUGCUUUCACGCUUAAAGGGAGUAGAAAAAAGUCGUGGUUUAAUUGCCACAGAAAGUUCUUGCCUCGUGGUCACAUGUACCGUCGUAAUACUACUGAUUUCCAAAAAGGAAAAAGCUUAAAUAAAGUAUUCGGACAGCCGAAAACCGGAGACGAAUUGUUGGCAGAGGUGGACCGUUUGGGGUUUAUGAAGGCAUAUAAAAUUGGGGUUGAGACAAAUAAUGAGGCGAAGUCGACAGAUUAUGACCAUGCAAAAUCUAGAGAAGAGUUGAAUGACAUAUGUGAUCGGCCUGAGUUAGCAAAAGACCCGGUUACUGGGAGAUUUCCUAAGGCGAUAUGUGUCGAUACAGUCGGUCUGAAAAUGCAUGGAAUGAAAAGUCAUGACUGCCACAUUUUUAUACAAAGAUUUCUGCCAAUCGCUCUCCGUGAGCUAUUACCGAAGGAAGUGUGGGAGCCUUUAACAGAGCUGAGUAUCUUCUUUCGUGAGUUAACCUCCACGUCUCUAACAAAGAAAGAUCUAGAUCGUAUGAGGCUGGAAAUCCCAAAGAUAUUAUGCAAGCAGGAACGUAUUUUUCCGCCCAACUUUUUUGACUCCAUGGAACAUCUACCCGUACAUCUUCUGUACAUAGCUAUGAUGGCAGGUCUGGUUCAGUAUCACUGGAUGUAUCCAUUUGAAAGAUAUUUGAGAAAACUAAAAAAAAAAGUCCGCAAUAAAGGGAGGGUGGAAGGAAGCAUCAGUAAUGGAUACUUGAAUGAAGAAACCGCAAAAUUUGCAGCUUAUUACUUUUCAGAAGGUGACCCAAUGAUACCUGAGCGGCCGCAAAGGAAUGAAGUUUGUGACAUUGAAGUCGACAACGAUGUUGACAGACUAUCUAUUUUCAAGCCGCAAGGGCAAUCAGUGGGUGCUUGCCGCAAGAGAUAUCUUGAAGAUGCUGAGAUUGUUGCUGCCCGGACAUAUGUUCUGUUGAAUUGUUCAGAAAUUAAAAAUUACAGAGAGGUUUUCGAAGGCGAGUUGCGCAGAGGAAACCCUGAAAUCAGCACCUCGCAAAUUGAAGUGCAAAAUCCAACUGUCUGUACCAAUCCCUUCAUUCUUAGUCUCAUUAAAGGACCUCUUAGAUCAGUUAGAACAUUUAAGGGGUACCGUGUAAACGGAUUCAAGUUUCAGACUCAAGCGUAUGGGGAGGAACAGCUUACGAUGAAUAAUGGAGUCUGCGUGAAGGGAAUUCAAUAUGUCGACAGCGAAAAUGACUUUUAUGGAGUUCUGACACACAUAAUUGAGCUAGACUAUCCGUCGCUUUCAAUGAAGACGACUGUCUUAUUUAAAUCCGAUUGGUUCGACCCAACGCAAAAUUCUGGCACAGUGAGUAACAAAAAAUACAACAUGGUGGAUAUUAAUAACAAAAAGAGAUACAUUUGCAGGAUAAAGGCAACAUCCGAACUUGACAUGCCCGAGGGAAUUAUCCCGUCUUUUCAAGAUGUGAUAGAAGAAAAUCCUCUCAUUGUUGCAACGGACGACAAUUCGACAUAUUUGGCUGAUGAAAAUGGAGAAGCUGAAGAAGAUGCGUUGUUCGUGCCUCCGGAAGAAACAGAAUAUGAUUUUAUCGCAUCCUCAUCAGACGAAGAUGCAAUUGAAGAACUUUAG